CUGAGCUACAGACUCCUGUCAACAUGUUUGUGACAUACGUCCUUGCCUCUGCUUUGCUCUUUGGGUCUGUGCUGGGCCAGAGAUGCAGCACCUCCUGGGGCAUCCAACACACCUCUUACCUUAUUGAAAACCUGAAGGACGACCCAUCAUCAAAAUGCAGCUGCAGUGCCAACGUGACCAGCUGCUUGUGCCUCCCCAUCCCAUCCGAUGAUUGUACCACACCGUGCUUCCAGGAGGGAAUGUCACAGGUGACCAAUGCCACCCAGCAAUCAAAAUUCUCACCUUUUUUCUUUCGGGUGAAAAGGAUAGUUGAAACCCUAAAGAGCAACAAGUGUCAGUUUUUCUCCUGUGAAAAGCCGUGCAACCAGACCACAGCAGGCGACACCGUGUCAUUUCUGAAGAGUCUCCUGAAGACCUUCCAGAAGUCAGAGGUGCAAGUGCAGAGAAGCCGGCCGUGAAGACAGAUACUAUUUAUUCUAUUUAUUGAAUUUACAAAACCUUUUCUCCCUAAUUGUUUUCAUUGUUACAAGGAAGAAAUAAACUAAGCUAUUCUAGAUU